AUGAAUAAAAACGAAGAAAUUUUGUCCAAAGCGACCCCCGAUUUUAUAUACAAAUUUUUUACUGAACCUAGUUCGGAGGAAAGCAUAGGUUGGUUAAAUUCACAGGUAAUUUUAAUAUGCUUUAGUCAGAUGAAUGCUGGGGCAAAUCAAAUUUUUUUAAAAGUAAUUGAUGGAACAUUACCUCCACAGUAUUAUGCCAUUGUACAUGUGGGGAUUGAAGAUGGUAAUACUGUUACCACCUCUGCAGCAACAUCUGCACCAAUAUCUUAUGUAAAAAAAUUAAUAGCAAUCGAAAAUUUUUCUAUUACGAAUUAUUAUGGGAAACUUUUCAUUUUUGCAAAAAGAAUAAAAAUUUUUAUGAACAUAGAAUACUUUGAUAUUGAAGAUUUAUUCAGGAAGUACCAUCUCCAGAGUAUUUCUUACUUACUGUUAAAUUCAAAAACAGAAAAUAGUUCAAAAGACGGCUGUUCUCGACCUCCUCCCCAAUCUAUUGAGUAUAGCAGUGAAAUUAAGUCUAGAACUAAUGACAACGAAGGAAAAAUGAGAACUAGUACCCUGCCACGGUUUUCUAAUGAAUAUGACAACGAAAAUAAAGCAAGAGAAUUCUUAUAUCCUCGCACUGAGAUAACAGAACAUAUAAAUUCUUACCCUUCAUCAACCAAUUAUAAUAAAUUUAAUGAACGUACAGAAAAUGAUUCUAGAAACAGCUAUGAAAAAUGUCAACGUAUGUCUAGUGAAAAUUUUAUCAAGGAUCCGGUAAGUAAGGACUUCCAUUCGACCUAUGGAGAGAGGCCCGUGUAUGUUGAGAAAUCAACCUAUGUGAAUAGACUACCCUACAAAGAUUCCACACAAAGUUAUGAACACAGCAGAAUACCUGAAAGUAACAGAGAAGAGGGUACAAAAUAUGUAAAGAAACCUUCUCAAAUUGUGCAUGAAAGAAUGAAAGAAAAUUUGACAACCCAAAUGGUAGAACAGCAAAAUGUAAACAAGUGCGUAUACAAUGAAAAUUCAAACUAUAGCCAUCUCCCAUUGAAUAUGAACAAAUUAGAAAAUAACAAAAACGAGACCAUAGGGUUGUUAUCACACCAACAUAACCCAAGUUUGCACAGUAUGAAUCUGAAUCCUCCUCCAUAUAGUAAGCGAAACAACACUACUGUGUAUGACACGAGUCGUGUUAAUACUUCUUAUGAAAAGGAAUAUUACAAUAAUAAUAGUAAGAGCAGAACUCAUAAUAUUGUACCGGAGAUGCAUAAUGGAAGGAGCAGCAAUAGCUACGAACCGAUCGGAGGUGCUCCUCCUACAGUUUCAAGUACAUUUACAGAAAAAAAUAAUUUUCAAGAAAGUAUGAUUAAUAGUUAUCCAAAACCAUGCAUGAAGAAUCCAAGCGUGUAUAUGUAUGAUGGGGACAUGGGCGAGGAUGCAAUAGGAGUGGAAGUGGCAGAGGGUGAGGAUUUAAAAAAACGUUUCUCCCCUAGAAGGAAUGAUAAUUCGAUGGAAAAUAGAACCCACAGCAUAGAUAGAAAUGCAACUGAUGAAAGAAAUUAUUACCAAAGUGUUAAGGGACAUACAAAUGAAUUCGGAAGUGGCAUAAAUAACAAUAAUAACAAAAAAGCAAAUGGGGCAUAUGAUCAUUUUUCUCCACAUAAUAUAGGAGAAAAUGAGAAUUGUAAAAACGUAGACAUGCACAAAGGAGGAAAGGAGGAAGGUCACAACCACAGAAGCGUUACCCAAUCAUACGGAACUGCAAAUACAUAUGCGAAUACAAAUACAUAUGCGAAUACAAAUACAUAUGCGAAUACAAAUACAUAUGCGAAUACAAAUACACAUGCGAAUACAAAUACAUAUGCGAAUACAAAUACAUAUGCGAAUAUAAAUACAUAUGCAAAUACAAAUACAAAUGCACAAGAUUCGAAAAUGUAUGUAGGAAGAAGCGGUGGGAAUUAUAAUAGCGGCUUGUCAAAGGUUAGUACAAAUGAGGAAGCGACAAAUGACAGAUUUUUCCCUCAAGAGGGAGAUAAGUACAGCAACAAAAGUGUCAAUAAUUAUGGUUCUGCAAACGUUGAAUUUGGAAGAAGAAACUAUAAUUACAGUGGUAGUAACAACCACAGAAGUGAAGAAGAAGGGACAAAAAAAGGUAGGAGUGAUGAAAACACGGGAUAUUUCCAAGAAAGGAAAGAAAGUUUGCACGAUUUGGAUGAAUUUUCUACAGAUAAAAAAAACGAAACAAAAAGCAUGUUGAAAGAACAUACAUUAAGUAGGAAUAAUAGAAAAUGUAACCCAUACCAACAAAGCAAUAGUGCAGUUAUAAAAAUGAAUGAUGGUAUUUUAAUGCAAAUUAAUAAGCUAUCACAAUAUUCUUCCAAGUGGAUUAUCAAAGCUAGGGUUCAAUCAAAAGAUAAUGUAAGGCGAUUUUAUUCUGGAAAUAAAGAAGGAAAAGUUUUUAAUAUUGAACUAUGUGAUGAAGAUGGAGAAAUAAAAGCAAAUUUUUUUGGAAAAGCAGUAGAUAAAUGGUAUGAUUAUUUACAAGUGGGGAAAAUAUAUAAAAUAAGUAAGGGAAAUAUCAAAGCAGCAAAUAAAAAAUUUAAUACCUUGAAACAUGAUUGUGAAAUUACCUUGGAUGAGAAUUCCAUUAUUGAAUUGUUAGAAGAAAAUGAUAACAUACCAAAAUUUAUAUACAAUUUUGCAUCUAUAGAUAAUAUAAAAAAUAUGAAUACAGGUUCUUUAGUAGAUGCAAUAGGAGUAGUGUUGAGCUUUCAAGAAAAUAUGCAAGUAUUAAUCAAAAAAACAGGACAAUAUAAAGAAAAAAGAGAUUUAACUUUGGUAGACGAUAGUAAUGAAACAAUAAAUGUAACUCUUUGGGGAGAACAUGCUUUAAAAAUUGAAGAAAUUCAUCUGAGGGAAAAUUGUAUUAUAUGUUUUAAGUAUUUGAAAGUUGGAGAAUGGCAAGGAAAAAAAUUAGAAUCUCACCCGAAAACUAAAAUUGAAAUAAAUCCAGAAAUAAAUAGAGCAUAUAUACUACAAAAUUGGUGGAUCAAUAAUAAACAAAAUGUAUUCAGUUCUGUUAAUGUAAGUACAAAUAAUUUUCAUAUAGAAUUACAGAAAACCAUUGAAGAAAUUAAAAAAGAUGUAAAUUUAGCAAAUGAAGAAGCUUUAUCAGGAAAAGGUAUAGUUUUUACUACAUUUGGAUUUAUCGAUCAUAUUUAUAAUUCUAUACCUGUCUAUUCAGCUUGUCCAGAUUGUAAUAAAAAAAUGAUUGCCAAUAUUGUAGAUGACGAGGAAGCUCAAGAUGACGUAAACUCCUCUCAAUUGAUGGAUCAAUCCAUGUAUUGUGCAAAGUGCAAUAAAAACAAUAUACCCAUAUAUAACUAUUCAAUAAACUUGAAAAUUACUGAUAGUACGGACUCAUUGAGGGCAUCUGCUUUUUCCAAUUGCGCGAGAACAAUCAUGAAUGGCCUCUCUGCUGAUGAGUUUAUGAGCUUGAGGCAAGAAUAUGUAACACAGGAAAAUAUAGAAAAUUUUGACAUUAUUGAAAAGGUCAAAUUGAACGAAUUUUUUUUUCGUAUCAAAGCAUAUAUGACUUCCCAUAUGGACGAGCUGAAGAAGAAUUACACCAUCAUCGAAAUAAUCCCUCUGAGUAAGUUGCUGGUGGAUAACUGCAAGUACUUGAUACGUUCUAUUAAAAACUUGACGGAGAAGCGGGAGUCAGAGUGA